GUAUUAUUCGCAUUCGUUCCCAAGAUUUGGUACUGAAAGGAAGAUAUAGUUGGGAAAAGAACUCGGAAGUCACUUGGAAAUUUUUGUUCUUAUUUCGGUUUCCGUUAAGUGAGUGCGUAUCAAAAUUAUAUUUAAAUAUUUUUGGAAUUUAAAAAAAUUAUAGACAAAAGGAUAAUAAUAAGGCAAACGGAGAACUGCAGCAUCUGAUAAAGCUCCUAGAAUAUUAGCUAUGCCGGCCGAAUGUGCCGCGAAUCCCCUUCAAAGGGGCUUAGCAGAUGCUAUAAUUCGAAUGUUACCCCUUGAUGAAAUUCGAAUUCUAUUGGCUUGUGGAGCAAAGGUCAAUGACCCCGUUACUCAAGGUCUUAGGCCACUUCACUAUGCCGUUUGGCAAAAAUACACCCAAGCAGUAAGCUUGCUCCUUGUUCGAGGUGCAGAUAUUAAUGCAACAGAUGAUUGUGGCUAUAGUGCACUACAUUUAGCUGCAGAGCAUGGAUACUUGGAAUUGACUGAACUUUUACUUGACCAUGAAGCUAAAGUUGACUACAGAGAACCUACAGAUGAACUUUACCCCAGAACAACGCUUUGUGAUGAACCCUUACGUUUGGCCUUACGCAACAAACAUUAUGAUGUUGCUCGUUUGUUAUUAGAACACGGAGCGGACCCAAAUAAAAGAUAUUUCUUCGGCGCUGAAAUUAACUUAGUCAACGAUUAUGAAGCUUUGGAACUGCUACUGACCUUUGGUGCACACACAGAGACUCGUGACCGUUCUGGAAUGACUCCAUUAAUGAGAGCUGCAAGACUGAAUCAGGGUAUGCAACAAGUAUUGUUGUUAUUAAGUUAUGGAGCUGAUGUAAAUGCAAUGACUGACGCCAGAAACGACUAUCGAACAGUUCUUCACUAUGCAGUUUUGUCAGGAAACAUUACAUUAGUGAACCUCCUCAUCAAACAAGGCGCAAAAGUCGACAUACCAGCACCAUAUCCAGAACCAGACAGACCCAGCCCGUUGGACUUGGCGAUUCUUCGCGGAGAUCCUGCAUUGGUACGACUGCUUUUAGAAAACGGGGCAAAUGUGAGAAGAUGCAGUCCUAUUAUUGGAUCACCAUUACAUGUAGCUUGUGCUGAUAAUAUUCCACAUCGGUUAGAAAUUAUGAAAAUGCUUUUAUCCUAUGGUGCUGAUCCGAAUAUUAAAGUACCUGCAGAACCUGGUAGUGACAUGACUCUCAGACCAGCUCUAGCAGAAUUGUUAGCCAGUAACGAAAACAUUUCCCUAUGUGAACUACAUUUACUUCUCAAACAUGGAGCUAAAGUCAUAAUGAAAACACAAUAUCGUGACCCAGAUGGCUUAUUAAAUGUGUUAGAUAAUGUACCUGCAGAAAGUGAAGUAUUCCACACUCUUCUGGAUGCAGCGGAAGAGUUUGAUCCUUGCAUGAUAAGGCGGAACACACAUUUAACUCCUGAACAAAGAGAAUUAUUAGUACUCAAAUCGUCUAUACCACUAUCGUUGAAAGCUCUAUCAAGAAGUUUUUUCAGAAAACUGUUUGGUAGAGAUUUACCCGAAAGUGUGCCAUUUCUUUUUAUUCCCGAUAUUUUAAAAAGAUAUCUUUUGUACGAGCAUAGCUAGGUUAAGCUAUGUGAUAUAUUUUGUUGUUGAUUUGUUCCCCCAUCGUAUCACUGCCUUCAUGUGAUUGCUGGGUAGUGAAUAUGUGAUAUUUUGUAUUAAUCAUUUGGUUUCUAUAUGUAUAACUACAUAUAUCUGUAAAUAUUUGUACCAAUUUCUACGACGAUGAAGAUCUGAAUAUAAUUUAUAUUUUUCAUAGAAAUGUUUGUACCCAAGUAUAAUUAAACAAGAAAAUAAACUUUUGUAUACGUGUAAUGCUUAA